GCGCAGCGCCAUGGCCAGCGAGGGUCGCGAGGGCGAGCACCCGUCCGUGACACUCUUCCGCCAGUACCUGCGCAUCCGCACCGUCCAGCCCAAGCCCGACUACGGCGCUGCCGUGGCCUUCCUUGAAGAGAGAGCCCGCCAGCUGGGCCUUGGCUGUCAGAAAGUGGAGGUGGCACCUGGCCAUGUGGUGACCAUUCUGACGUGGCCAGGCACCAACCCCAGACUCUCCUCCAUCUUACUCAACUCCCACACUGAUGUGGUGCCUGUCUUCAAGGAACACUGGAGUCAUGACCCCUUUGAGGCCUUCAAGGAUGCUGAGGGCUACAUCUAUGCCAGGGGUGCCCAGGACAUGAAGUGUGUCAGCAUCCAGUACCUGGAGGCUGUGAGGAGGCUGAAGGCUGAGGGCCACCAUUUCCCCAGAACCAUCCACAUGACCUUUGUGCCAGAUGAGGAGGUUGGAGGUCACCAAGGCAUGGAGCUGUUUGUGCAGCGGCCCGAGUUCCAGGCCCUGAGGGCUGGCUUCGCCCUGGAUGAAGGCCUGGCCAACCCCACUGAUGCCUUCACUGUCUUUUACAGUGAGCGGAGCCCCUGGUGGGUGCGGGUCUCGAGCACCGGGAAGCCAGGCCACAGCUCAUGCUUCAUCGAGGACACAGCAGCGGAGAAGCUGCACAAGGUCGUGAGCUCAAUCCUGGCUUUCCGGGAGAAGGAGAGGCAGAGGCUGCAGUCAAACCCCCACCUGAAGGCAGGGGCUGUGACCUCCGUGAACCUGACCAAGUUAGAGGGCGGCGUGGCUUAUAACGUGGUACCUGCUACUAUGAGUGCCAGCUUUGACUUCCGUGUGGCACCGGAUGUGGACCUGAAGGCUUUCGAGGAGCAGCUGCAGGGCUGGUGCCGGGCAGCUGGUGAGGGGGUCACCUUUGAGUUUGCUCAGAAGUGGACGGAGUCCCGAAUGACAUCGAUUGAUGACUCAGACCCCUGGUGGGCAGCAUUUAGCGGGGUCUGCAAGAACAUGAACCUCACGCUGGAGCCAGAGAUCUUCCCUGCUGCCACGGAUAGCCGCUACCUCCGUGUGGUGGGGGUCCCCGCGCUGGGCUUCUCACCCAUGAACCGCACACCUGUGCUGCUGCAUGACCACGAUGAGCGGUUGCAUGAGGCCGUGUUCCUCCGUGGGAUUGACAUAUACACGCGGCUGCUGCCUGCCCUGGCCAGUGUGCCUGCCCUGCCCAGUGACGGCUGAGUCCCAGGAGCGUCCACCGGCCCAGUGUCAAGGACCCCUCUGCCCCCCUGCCCAACAAUAAAGUCUGCGUGUGGACAGAGGCCAGUUCUGAAGUACUAAGAGCAAGGAC